UAAAUUGUCCAUGAGAGGUAACUGAAUGAACUUAGAAAGCCCUAGCUGGUAGUAUAAAACCCUAAUGUUCAAAAUGACCCUCUUGCUAUUGCAAACAAGAGGAAGAAAGGGCCGAAAAGAUGCAGAUAUUCGUGAAAACCCUAACCGGAAAGACCAUAACUCUCGAAGUAGAGAGCAGCGAUACAAUCGACAAUGUCAAGGCCAAGAUCCAAGACAAGGAAGGAAUCCCACCGGACCAGCAGCGGUUGAUCUUCGCUGGGAAGCAGCUUGAAGAUGGCCGAACAUUGGCUGAUUACAAUAUCCAGAAAGAAUCAACCCUUCAUCUUGUUCUGAGGCUUAGGGGAGGAAUUAUAGAGCCUUCUCUCAUGGCUUUGGCUCGUAAGUACAAUCAAGACAAGAUGAUCUGCCGCAAGUGUUAUGCUCGUCUGCAUCCAAGGGCUGUAAAUUGCAGGAAGAAAAAAUGUGGUCACAGCAACCAGUUGAGGCCUAAAAAGAAGAUCAAGUAGACUCUGAUGCAGAUUGCAUAUGGGGGCUUUGAACAUUUAAGUGUUAGAUCUGUUAUUUUACCUUUCUGGUUGAUUGAAAUGUCAGUUUUGGAUUAGCAAUUCUCUAUAUGUUCGACCUUGACGGAACGCUGUUAAAUGUUUAGCUGUUAUUUGGUUUUUGAAAUUUUCCCAUCCAUGAGUAUCACCCUAUAUUGCUCUAUCCGAAUCUCAUAUUCAUCUGAUUAGUAAUAGGAAAAUUCAUUGUUUAGUUUCCAA